ACAACAAUUUUUUCUUGAAUAUUCUUCAGCUUUCCACUCGCAAUUCUAUUUCCUUCAUCAGCAAACUGGAAAGUAAAAUUAUCCGUAGAAGUGUUUUCAAUUCUCGAGACGCGUAUAUAUAGAGCAGGGAAUGGCCUCGGACAGAAAAGCAGCACGCGUUGGGCGGCUGGUUCGAAAACUGGACGACCUGUUGGCCAAAGGGGAUGUAUAUGAAUCCCACCAACUCUACAAAACUAUAUUCUUUCGCUACUCAACUCACAAUCAGCAUACGGAUGCUGCUCAGUUAGUCUUCGAUGGAGCGUCUAAUUUCUUAGCUCAAUCAACGUCAAUAGCAUCGUUCAGCAGCGGCAAAGAGUUGGCGUGUAUGUUCGUACAAGCCCACAUUGAUGGUCAUUUACCUGUGAGCGACAGUAGUUUGGAUAAGCUUAAGAUUUUGCUAGAGUUACUAGGCCCUGGUGGUGAUGAUCGCCAGACGUUUGUGCGUCUUGCAGUGGAGUGGAGCAAAUCCUGUAGUACUGAGCAUGCAAAGUUCGGCGAUCCAAGUGUGCACCGGGUGAUAGCAUUAGUGUGUUGGCGGUACAAGGACUUUGCACAGGCACGGUGGCACUUUCUGCAUGCCGACAACGCAGAGGAAUACGCUGCGAUGCUCGUUGAGUUCUCCAGUGCUGCUGACAAGCCAGACGAAGUAGAUCUGUACAUAGCACAGAGCAUUCUUCAUCUACUUGUGCUGGAGAAGAUCUCUCAGGCGAGGCUACUGUUUGAACGAUUCCUCGCCGCCCACCCAGAUAUCAAGUGUGAACGUCCACCAUUUUCCUUGCCACUGCUCAACUUCUUGUCGCUUUUGCUCGACGCCUCAGAAAAAAAGAUGGUGGACGGCUUCAAAGCAUUACGACAGGUAUACGAACCUUCACUACAGCGGGACUCCGCGUACGAGCAAAGUCUUGAUCGAAUCGGUGAGAAAAUCUUUGAUAUUAAAUCAAAGUCUGGUGGCGGUGGCAUAGAGGAUAUACUGCGUUCGUUUACGUCCAAUAUGGCAGUCACUGAGAGUGCUAGACCUGUAGCAUGUGCUCGGUUACCUGAUGAGGAUGUAGACUAGGUAGUGUAGUCUCGGAGUACUGCUAUCCAAUGACAAUGUGCUGUUGUGUGCGCUAGUAUUAUCUUUUAUCCUUUGCAGCUGCUGGACAGUUUUUAACUAAAGUCAUGACCUCCGGUUAUAGCGACAGCGAAUUUAUUAUUGUUUCACAUGCAACCCCGACCGGAUACAUUCCGCCAAGCUUGGGCUGGCCCAGUGCGUUUGGUCGAGUAGUAUCUUAAGCCAAGUAUAGCGCCCCCAUCCUGAAAUCACUUUGCCACUCAUCCGAAAACUAUUCAAUCGUGCGGACUAGUUCAGCCCUUCUGCUCUAUCCCAUUCACAAGUCACCCACGGCCAUAAUUAUUGUGAUGUCGUUUUUGCUCUCACUGUGUUUCGUCACCCGGUGUCAUGAAAUCGCUUGAGUAGGUAAAUUGUCUUCAUGUCCCUAACGAUCAUCUCUGUUCUUACUGUGUUUGACAACUGGUAGCAUUUUGAGUACUGUAUUGAUAUCUUUCGGCUCUCUCCUACCCUGUUAUGUGAAGAAUACCUUGACUUGAACUUUCGUCCACCUGACAACAAAUCA